AUGGAGUCCCCACCGUGUAAAGCAAUCUUUCUAGUGGCAACAACAUUGCGGGUCCUUCUGCAGAUUCCGUUUAUCAGUGCAAUUGGUAUUAAUUAUGGACUGAAUGGAGACAAUCUUCCAGCCCCACCAGCAGUUGUAGGCCUUUAUGAACGAUGCCACAUUCCAUCUGUUCGGCUCUUUGAACCAAGACCAGAAGUGCUUCAAGCAUUGAGAGGGAAGCCUUUACAAGUUAUUCUGGGUACAAGAAACGAGGACAUACAAAGCCUUGCAACAACCCUUGAUGCAGCUAAUUCAUGGGUCGCCGCUAAUAUUGUCCCCUACAGAUCUGAUGUUAACUUCACUUAUAUUACAGUAGGCAACGAGGCGAUUCCAGGGGCUAUGUCACAAUAUAUCGCACAGGCCAUUGCCAACAUGUAUACUGCACUUGCUGAUGCAGCCAUUACUUAUAUUAAAGUGUCGACUGUUGUUCCGGGAAGUUCACUUUCAAUCUCUUACCCUCCAUCAGCUGGUGCUUUCACUCAUGAAGCAGCUGCUGUUAUAAGUAGCAUUGCACCUAUUUUGUUGAACCACGGAGCAUCCCUCAUGCUCAACGUGUACCCUUAUUUUGCCUAUGCCUCGGACACAAAUAGUAUGUCAUUGGACUAUGCCUUACUCAGGCCGGGGGCUCCGUUAGUCGGCGAUCAAAACCUUGUGUAUGACAAUAUCUUUGAUGCCAUGGUUGAUGCAUUUUAUGCAGCUUUGGAGAAGAUUAGCGAGCCUGGUCUUACGGUUGUUAUAUCUGAGAGUGGCUGGCCUACUGCUGGGAAUGAACCUAUCACAAGUCCAGAAAAUGCACGGACAUAUAACAGAAACUUGUUGAAUCAUGUACAGGAAGGAAGAGGCACUCCACGGCGGCCAGGCCAACCUCUUGAUGUCUACUUUUUUGCAAUGUUCAAUGAGGAUCUAAAGCAGGCUGGGAUUGAGCAGCAUUGGGGUUUCUUCUAUCCAAAUAUGCAGCCUGUUUAUCCAUUUUGGCAAUGCUCGUGA